CUAACUGAUUCUUUCCCGCCAAAAUUCUCUAUAAAUCUGUCAGUUCAGUCUUCACUCUUCCCUCACAAUCCGUACACACAUCUUUCAGAUCUGAAUUUCACAUAACUUGAAGAAGAAGAAGAAGAAAUGAGAGGACCGAAGAGCACUGCUACCAUUGCUGACAACACAACGAAGAAGACGAAGGCUGAUAAGAGUACAGGAAAGAAGAAUAAAGCCUCGAGUAAGAAUUCCGGUGCUCUAAAGCGUCCUCCGACUGCUUUCUUCAUCUUCAUGGAGCAAUUCAGGAAUGGAAACAAGGAGAAUUUUCCUGUUGCCAAAUCAGCCUCUGCUAUUGCUAAGGAAGGCGGAGCUAUAUGGAAGUCUAUGACCGAAUCCGAGAAAGCUCCUUAUUUUGCAAAGGCAGCUAGAAAGAAAGCAGAGUAUGAAAUUGCUAUUAAACAACACAAUGAUAAUCUGAACGAAACUGCGAUGGAGAUAUCUACAACAUCAUCUAUGAACACUAAUGAGGAUGUUGAGCUGGAAGUUAACUCUCAGAUUGUGAAGGUCCUGUGAUAAGUGAAGUGUAGGAUGAAGGUAUUGAUGCCUAUAUGGUAGCAUAAAAAUCAGUAAAUAAAGUAGCGUUUAGUUUACUACUAUGAAUUGUGAUUAAUGUGCAUGCGUUAUCGCUUAUAAGUUUUUAGAAACUAUUUUUUGAGAAACUUGUAUUGUGGUUUCUGUUGGUUUAGUAUAUUUUGGUACUUUCAUAUUUGUCUAUCAUGCGCCUUAAAGAUCUA